AUGAAUCAAAUUGAUACAGAAUUGGAUAGACUUGUUGAAAGAUACCACCAGGAUCUCCUUAAGUUAGAUAUCCCAUCUUUCUAUGAUCCUUCUUCAAGUGCCACCCACUACAAUUCUGACACCCCAGUAUCUCCAUUAAUCACUAAACUCAAAUUAUCCAAGAUUGACGAGGACCUCACCAACAUUAGAGCAGCAUAUCUGGAUAAUGAUUACGCAAGUAAGGUCGUAGCUCCUGUAAGAAGUCUUUUGGAUGAGAAGAUUUACAUCAACCAUGAAAUCAUUCUACAAUGGCAACAUACACAAGACACCAACAAGGACGCUCAGGGUAUAACUCACGCAGACGGCCAAUCACAAGACCCAUAUGCUUCUACAUCUACACAAUUUUCCUCCAUUCCCAAUACUACUUCACCAUUGGCUGAUGAUAACCUUUCAUCUCUUCGUAAAAGGCUUCUUUCAACAUCAAAUAAUCAUCUCCUCGACAAGUCAAAUGAUUACCAUGACUCAAUACAAGAAGACAUACUUACGGAACUCACAGGAUUUGCACAAACUUUGAAAGACUCUGCUCUUCGUCUCUCGUCUAAGAUCGUUGAUGAUGCCACUGUGUUGGAAAAGACCAACGAGAAUUUGUUAAAGAACUCCGACUUGAUGGGAAUAAUCGACAAAAAUCUCAACAAUUAUGUUCUUAAUAAGACUGGUGGUAAAAUAAGCUUCUGGUUUCUUAUCAAGGUGCUCCUUGCCGUGUUUGCGCUUUUCUUUGUUAUGGUGCUUGUUAUUAAGAUUUUCCCCAAAUUUUGA